AUGACCUCCAAUUCUCCAAGUCAAGGUGACGUUCGUGCUGCGAAGACUUUCUAUCGACAGGCUUAUCAACGUGCCAAAUCUGAAACUCUGUCCUCAUAUCUCUCCGGGCUCUGGCAUAUUCGUCAUAGCACGAUGUUGACGACUCUGGGUUCGAAGCGAGAGAGCGGCUCAUGUUACCAUGCCUACAAAGCCGGGGCCUACUUCAUACCCAAUGACGACGCAGAGCAAGUCCGCAUAUACCCUAAGGCUGUGGUCAUUAGUAUUGACUGGAGUCCCAUUCAGCCGACCGCAGUGUCACCGACCGUGAAAUUCGAAGUCGACGAUGUGGAAGAUGAGUGGACCUAA